GAGAGAAAGAAAGAUUUCGAUGGCCGUUACUCUGUCUCUGCACUGCACCUAUAUAAUAAUAAUAUUAAGCUCGCUGUCGUUCGCAGAGCAGCAGACGAGAGAAGGCUGGACACGCAGAAGCUGCGGCAGAAGCGACGUACCACCACCGCCGCGGUGGUUGAAGACGGAGAAGCAUCAGAAGAAGAAGAAUAUUUACUGCCGCGGUUCACCGCGGUAACCGUCCCCCCCGCCUCAUUUACCGCUCGCACUGUUUGGCUCCCUAGAAAACGGAAGAAAUUUGCUCAGGAAAACCAAGAUUCAUUGUUGAUUCUUCUACUCAUGGGAUUGGAGAAAGAAGAAGCACGGCCUGAUAGCGAUGGAGACAAAGGUCUUCAUGGGUCCCUGGCAGUAUCGGUGCAUGCCUUUUCUGAUUUGACUCACAUUUCUCCUGUGGUCUUCUUGUAUCUCUUGAAAGAGUGUUAUGUUCAUGGUACAUGUAAGGCAACUAAAAAGUUUAGAGCUCUUCAACACCAAGUGCAUCUGGUUCUGUAUAAUUCUCCCCAACCAGGGCCUGCUACCUUCAUUGCUCGAUGCCUCUUUGUGCUGCCUGUAUUUGGAAUAUACUGUGAUGGGUUCAGUCACUUGAUUGUAUCUGCUUUGCACCGUUUCCGAAAUGCUGUAACUACGGCAGAGGACAGCUCUAUAUCAAAAGUUUUAGCAGCUCGGCUAUUUAUUGAUAUAGUGGAAGGAUCACUUCCUGUUCUCGAUGAGAGAAUCGGGGUGAAAAUACUCGAAGUUUUUCACGUCACUAUGACUGACAUGGAUGAAGCUAUGUCCCAAUUGAAGUCCCAAAAUGAUUCUAGGUUUGACACAGGCAAAGCAUAUGUUGAGCAUCAUAUUUUUAAGUUGGUGGAGUCUCAGGCUUAUAUGACAGCAGUCAUUUUGCUAGAACAGUUCUCCAUCCGUCAAUCUGGUCACUCUUUCCUCGUGAAGAUGCUGGACAUACAUCAGUAUAAAGCAGCUGAAAAGUGGGCUACAUUCAUGGGGAAGGAAAUGUUGUGUACUCUUGUAAAAGAGUACGUUGAUAGGAAAAUGCUGAAGCCAGCAUACGACAUUAUAAAGAAAAACAACCUGAAGCAAGAUUUUCCAGUUGUAUACUUUAAGUGCAAAGAAAGCUCAUUGAAGAAAUUAGCAGAGAAGGCACUGUGGGAUCUGGCAGAAACCAAGGCACAUGGCGAUGAGCAACUCCUUGAAUAUCUGGUUUACUUGGCAAUGGAGGCUGGAUACUCGGAGAAAGUUGAUGAACUGUGUGAUCGAUACUCCCUUGAAGGCUUUAGAAAACUCAAAGAACCCGAGAUAAGUGCUCAGCAUAGUAGAUACCUGCAGCUAAACGAGUUAAUCACCAAAGAUAUUGUCUGGGUUGAUGAAGUUGAUGGUCUUCAUGAUGCUACCUCUCACAUAGAAGGAUGCAAAGUUGUUGGUCUUGACUGUGAAUGGAAACCUAAUUACCAGAAAGGCAGCAAACCGAACAAGGUUGCUAUCAUGCAAAUAGCUUCCGAGGAGAUGGCUUUUAUUCUAGACUUGAUAAAGUUAUCUGAAGACGUGCCUGAAGUUUUAGACAACUGUCUAACUCGCAUUUUGCAGUCUCCUGGAAUUCUGAAACUUGGAUACAACUUUCAAUGUGAUAUAAAGCAGCUGGCUGGUUCAUAUGGAGAGCUCAGUUGUUUCAAGCAGUACCAAAUGUUGUUGGAUGUUCAGAAUGUAUUCAAAGAACCGUGUGGUGGCUUGUCAGGGCUUGCAGAGAAAAUCCUGGGAGCAGGGUUAAACAAGACAAGGCGAAAUAGCAACUGGGAAACACGUCCUCUUAGCCAGAACCAGCUGGAGUACGCUGCUCUAGACGCUGUUGUGCUGGUGCACAUAUUCCACAAAGUUCGUAACCAUGCUCAAUCUGCUCCUCCUGCUUCUGCACAUGGCCACGAGAAGUUCGAGUGGAAAUCCCAUAUCAUUUCUCACAUGGAUAACGCCAAGAAAACCAAGAAGCACUGGAAAGCAAGAAAACAAUCGAAACCACAACAGCAACAGCAAUGAAACCAUGAACUCAUGUCUGUCGUCUAUGCUUGCCUGCAACUGAUCAGCAAGGUGCUUCCUCCAUUUCCUGUCAUUGUACAUAGAAAACUGCUGCUUGCUCGUCUCAAAUUUCGAUAUGUACAUAUAAGUUAGGAUGAUAUCUCUCCAUUUAGCUCUGAGUAACUAAAACUCUUUCUGUGCUGUAUGCACUUCUCGUACCCGAGUCUCUCAUACUCGGUCAUGCUGCUUGUACUACUUGGAGAAAGAAUAGAGGAAAGAGGGUUAUUUUGUGGGCAUAAUUUCCAGUCUCAAUAGACCCUGCAAAACUUGUAUUGCCAACUUCUCUUGACCUCUUGUUUUUUCAACUUCAGACACUCACUAAUGGUGUGAUUGUGCUUCUUACAGUACCUAUAGAACUUCUUUCCAUCUUUGUAAUCUCUACAGUUUAGAUUGAUCAUUCUGAGGUGUGCCAGAUGCUAGUGCUAUAGAAUCAACUCCUUUGCUUUUGGUAACACCUUUCAUUUGACGCUCCAGUUGCAUAAUUUGUUUAAAAACAACAUCAAUGGAGAGCAACUGAGAGUUCAUUAGGACUUGAGUCCUAGCAGACUGAUAUAUCUCAUUUAAACCUUGCAUAAAUUUGAUUACAAAGUCAUUGUCCUAGUACCUUUUCAUCGUCUCAUAAGGACCUUUGCAAGGACAAGUAGGAAUAGGUCUGUACUUCUUGUAUUCCUCCCAUAUCACAGUAUCGGAGGUAAAUAUUGACUCACAGAUUGUUCCCCUUGGACACAUUUGCCCAACUGACCCUCCAAAUCGAAAACCCUAAUGUUGUCCUCUUGACUAAAUCUGUUCUUCAGAUUUUCCCAAACAGCUUGAGCACUCUCCAGACCCA